AUGCCGCCGCGUGUGAAGAAGACCGACCCUGUUGAGGCCAGUGAAGGCGGCGGCACUGAAGAGGUAUCCAUAUCAUCCGUUCAUUCACCACGACCGUUCUACUACACCAAGAGCUUGACCGACCCCAUCAACACAGCGCAAGAUAAAUGGAACCUGCUUCCGGCCUUCUUACGCGUGAAAGGACUGAUCAAGCAGCAUACCGACUCCUACGAUUACUUCAUCGACGUCGAACUCAAGAAGAUCGUCAAGGCGAACGAUUUUAUCCUCUCCGACACAGACAAGAAGAAAUGGCUUCGCUUUACCGACAUCAGAGUAGGGAAACCAUGCCGUGUCGAGGACACUCGCUCCGGAUGGGUCGAGACUGCUGUGACCCCGAACGAAUGCCGCCUCCGCGAUAUGACCUACGCUGCUCCGAUCUAUGUUGACUUCGUGUAUCCGAGACAAUCUGGAAACGUCAGAAAGACGGAUGUCAUGAUCGGUCGCAUGCCCAUGAUGCUUCGAAGCUCGAAGUGCGUACUAAAUGGAAGAUCGGAAUCGGAAAUGGCGUGGUUGAACGAGUGCGCCGUUGAUCCUGGUGGUUACUUCAUCGUACGCGGUCAAGAAAAGGUCAUUCUUGUUCAAGAACAACUCAGCAAAAAUCGUAUCAUCGUCGAAACAUUCAAGGGCGUCAUACAGGCUUCUGUCACCAGUCACACAGCCAACGUCAAGACCAAGACCUACGUCCUGGUCAAAAAGGGUCACAUUUACCUCAAGCACAACUCGCUCAAUGAGGACAUCCCUGUGGCAAUCAUGCUGCGCGCGAUGGGUGUCCAAUCCGACCACGAAAUUCUACUCCUCGCAGCUGGGAACGAUGCGCAGUAUCAGGACGAGUUUGCGCCAAAUCUGGAGGUUGCUGCCAUUGAAGGUGCUUUCACUCAGGAGCAAGCGCUCGAGUACAUUGCAACUCGACUAAAGCCGGACAGAUUUGGUGACAAGUGGAAACGGAAUGAAAAGACGCCGAAGCAGACAGCGCUCGAGAAGCUUGCAGCGACCAUCAUUCCUCAUGUCGAAGUCGAGGGCAUGAACUUUCGGCCAAAGGCACUCUACAUUGCAUUCAUGACAAGGAGAGUACUGAUGGCGAUGAAUGACCCGAAGCUGGUUGACGAUCGUGAUUACGUUGGUAACAAGCGUCUCGAACUUGCCGGACAGAUGCUUGCCCUGCUGUUUGAGGAUCUGUUCAAGGACUUUGUCAGAAUGAUCAAGGUCAACAUGGACAAAACGUUGAAGAAGCCCAACCCGACACAAGAAUUCGACCCAGUCAGGAUCGUCGAGCAAGGUGAAGCGCGCAUCACAAGUGGAAUGGAACGGGCGAUUUCCACUGGCAACUGGACGCUGAAGCGCUUUCGCAUGGACAGAGCUGGUGUUACCCACGUUUUGAGUCGACUCAGUUACAUCAGCGCUCUUGGAAUGAUGACUCGGAUCACCAGUCAGUUCGAAAAGACACGGAAAGUCUCUGGUCCUCGUGCGUUGCAGCCUUCUCAAUUCGGCAUGCUCUGUACGUCUGAUACGCCUGAGGGAGAAGCUUGCGGACUGGUGAAGAACUUGGCUCUGAUGACCCACAUCACGACCGCGGACGACGAAGCUCCGGUGAGGAAGAUGAUGUACGUCCUCGGAGCCGAGGAUGUCACAUCCGUAUCUGGAACGGAGAUCUACGGAAACGGCGCCUACAUAAUCUUCAUCAACGGAACCCCUGCCGCGCUCACGAGACAGCCCAAACAAUUCCUCAACGGCUUCAGGAAAUUCAGGCGGAUGGGAAGGAUAUCCGAGUUUGUCAGUAUUUAUAUCAAUCACCACCACAAUGGAGUUCACAUCGCCACCGAUGAAGGUCGGGUAUGCCGGCCACUGGUCGUCGUCGAGAAGGGCAAGUCGAAGGUCACAGUGCGCUUUCUGGAAUCUCUGCGGAAGGGUACGAUGGACUUCGACGACGCGCUCUCUCGCGGCAUCGUGGAGUAUCUGGAUGUGAACGAAGAAAAUGACUCCAACAUCGCCGUUUACGAGAAGCAGAUUGACGAGCACACGACACAUCUUGAGAUUGAACCUUUCACAAUCUUAGGCGCUGUUGCUGGACUGAUUCCUUAUCCUCAUCACAACCAAUCUCCGCGCAACACGUAUCAGGCAUGCCUCCCCCCCCAAGCCAUCGGGGCCAUCGCAUACAAUCAAUUCACCCGGAUCGACACUCUACUCUACCUCAUGGUGUAUCCGCAAAAGCCAAUGGUGACGACACGGACGAUCGAACUCGUCAAGUACGACAAAUUGCCAGCCGGUCAGAAUGCUGUUGUAGCCGUCAUGUCCUACUCUGGGUAUGAUAUCGAGGAUGCUCUCGUCCUGAACAAGGCGUCUUGUGAUCGCGGCUUUGGCCGUUGCCAGGUCUUCAAGAAGAUCAGCAUGCCACUCAAGUCGUACGGCAACGGGUAUCAAGAUCGAUUGGGAGACCGAGAUGCUAAGAACACUCGACAUCGCAAGAUCGGCAAAGAUGGUCUCGUCGAAGUCGGUUCCGAGAUCGAGAGUUCAGACAUGUACAUGCUUAAAGAGCAGCCGAUGAACCAGGCUUCGGCUAUUCCACAAAAGGAGCAAAAAUGGUCGCCGAUGCACAUGUCCUACAAGCUUCCAGACCCAUGCUAUGCGGACAAGGUGCAAAUCACGACCAACGAGGCCAACAGCACCAUCAUCAAAAUCCAAACCCGCCAAACUCGCCGUCCCGAGAUCGGCGACAAAUUCUCCUCCCGCCACGGUCAGAAGGGUGUGGUCGGCCUUCUCGCCGAGCAAGUCGACAUGCCGUUCUCCGACUCAGGUGUCAUUCCAGACAUCAUCAUGAACCCUCACGGUUUCCCUUCUCGUAUGACAGUCGGCAAAAUGCUGGAAUUGGUAUCCGGUAAAGCUGGUGUCCUGGCCGGCAAGCAAGAAUACGGCACGGCAUUUGGCGGCAGUAAAGUGGAAGACAUGGGCGCCACCCUUGUCAAGCACGGCUUCAGCUACUCCGGCAAAGACUGUCUCACCAGCGGCAUCACCGGUGAGAGCUUGCCGAUGUACGUCUUCUUUGGACCGAUCUACUACCAGAAACUCAAGCACAUGGUGCAAGACAAAAUGCAUUCCCGAGCUACGGGUCCGAGGGCUAUACUCACCCGCCAGCCAACGGAGGGUCGAUCGAGGCAGGGAGGUCUGAGGUUGGGCGAGAUGGAACGUGAUUGUUUGAUCGCCUAUGGAGCCAGUCAGUUGCUGCUGGAGCGGUUGAUGAUCAGUUCCGACGCGCACGAAGUCGAUGUGUGUCAGAACUGCGGCAUGAUGGGGUACAACAAUUGGUGUCAGAGCUGUUCGAGCAGUCGCAGCGUGGUCCGCAUGACGAUGCCAUAUGCAGCGAAGUUGCUCAUUCAAGAGUUGAUGAGCAUGAACGUCAAGGCGAGCUUGCAGCUUGCGGACGAGUUUCCGAGGGAGCAAUGA